CAACGCUAUCUCCGUAACGAAUCAGAGCCCAUCAUCAAAGAUUCGAUCCAACUAGUCAACCUUCCAAACAGUUCAGAAGCAGUGAGAAAACAUCAAUUGUAAGCAAUAAACAGCCCAAGGUCUACGUAGUCUUUAUCUCUGCAGCUCAGUGAUAAACCUCUCCUUCUUUUUUUCCCCUCUCGGAGUUUACAAUCCCUCGUCAGCCAGGUACAUAAAGGACAAUCGCCUAGGACGGAGAGGGUCCGGUCCAGUCUCGCACUCUUCACGUAAGAAUCCCGAUGGCAGAGCUUACUCAACCGCCGGCUCCGAAACGUCUCGGCCAACUGCCCCAGUUAACGGAGCUCAAAGACCCAGACGAUGAUUGGACGGGGAUCACUGAGGCGAGGGAUAGACGGAGACGGCAGAACCGUCUGAACCAGAGAGCUUAUCGCAAACGGAAGGCCCGGAAUGAGGAAUAUGCAAAUGUCACCCCCGAAGAAGUUCACACGAAUGGACUCCUCAUAUUCACCACUGCCAGAGAACGUGCUGUUGCAUAUGCAUUCAUGCAGCUGGUGCACAUGCAACAUAGUCUAAAGAACCAUCGUCCGGCACUUCUACCUUCACUCAUCCGCCUCAACGCCGUUAAUGCCGUGUCCAGCAAUGCAGUUCACAUCGGUAUCCCGCUACAAGGAUUAUGCUGUGACGAUGUGAUAUCGCCCUGGAACGCCCUAGGUCCCUCGUCCGCAGAUGGUACCUUGGUGAAAUCCGCAUGUCCCGAAUCGCUACGUCCUACAAGGUUACAAAUCGAGAUUGAGCAUCAUCCCUGGGUCGAUUUACUACCAUUCCCUCAAUUGAGAGAUAACAUGCUCAAGGGAUACACCAGCGGUGUAUUUGAUGAAGAUGAGUUGUGUAUUGACAUACUGGGACUCAUGAGUAGUCAAGGAUUGGAUGAUGCUUACUUGAUUGUCUGGGGAGAGGCACACGAUGGGAGUAGUUGGGAGGUUAGUGUGGGAUUUCUGAGGAAAUGGGGAUGGUUGCUGAAGGGUUGUCCUGAGUUGGUUGAAUCAACAAAUCGAUGGCGGCAACAAAGAGGAGAAGCGAAACUAAAUAUUCAGGUCUGAUAAAUCAACAAAGCGAUACGAAAACUAAUUGCGAGAAAAUACAAACGAAGCUUUACGAACGAAUGUGAAGAAGGAUAAAAACAGAACGAACGCGAGACAGAGCAAAAGCCAGCAACGACCAUCAACGCCUCUGUCAAUUUAACGAAAAACAACAAAUCUUCAUACACGCUCAUCACUUGGAAUCGAGAAAAGGAUCAUGCGAUGGCCUUCCACUGCAAUAAUCGAGGAUUCCCCAAUUCCCAUGACAGGUCAAAUACCCAUCAACAGCGCCAACAGCAACAUCUAUCACACCAGUUAGCAACAAACCACCAGACCCAGAAGGGAAAACAUACUCAAAUCGAUACUCGUUCGAUGAACUCGGUUCCCGAAAUCAUUCUUGCCCUUCUUCAAACCACUCCAACAGCCGCAGUUGAAGUUACUGCCAGUCAACUUACACGCCGUACACGACCCGUGAAAAUUCCCACUACACAGCAUCAUUAGUACCACUCCUAACACAACAUUCACAGUAACGAUACUUACUUUGAUCCACGAUAUAGCUCUCCCUCCGAGUUAAGCAAACACUUACUCAGCGCCAACCACGUACAGAGAUACUUUCCAUUCUUAUCAGGACAUUUCGCUACAAGCCACGGUGAAGACUUAUAGCCGUGGAAGCUGUUCUUGCGGGGAUGCGUGUCAUCUGCUUUGGCGAGGUAGAAGCGUACGUAUUUGCAUUUGUCGUAGAAACCGCCUGAUAUGAAGCGUGGUGCGACGCGGGAGGGAUGUUGCGUGAGGUUGGUUGUGUUGAGGGAGGAGGAAGGAGAGGUAGCGAUUGCGCUGAGGAUGAGGGUUAGAAGGAGGAGGGGUGGAAACAUUUUGAUAGUAGUUUGUAAUAGUUUUGAUAAUUUGGUUUGAUCUUUGAUCCAUGGGUUGGGAACGGGAUUGGUGGUUAUAGGGCUCUAUAUCCUAUAUCUGUUUCGUGGCCUCGAGAAUGGAUAUCCGAGACUUCCAUGGUCAUGCCAAUGGGUAUUUUCACAAUAACGAGCACAUUCGUAUCAAUUCUUUGACCA